UAAUGAUCCAAAUUUGACUAUGAAAAAUUGAAAUGAUUGAUUUGGUGUAUGUGGAUUACUGAAUCUAUGCAUUACAUUUCAUGUUUCUUUAACUGGGAAUUUAUAACAUAGUUUUCCCCUUCUUUUGCUUCUCUUGCAUGUGUAUUAGCUUGGUUCCUUGAUAUAGUAUAAUCUGUGUAAAUUGAUAUCUCGAAAAAAGAAAAAAAAUGAUAAAUAAGCUUGAAAUCAUGAAAUUUAUAAUCAAUUGAUAAUUCAUUCAUCUGUGUAAAACUGUUGUUUUUGUAUGGUAUCUAGCCAACAUAUCAAACUAGAAACUGAUAUUAUAGACUAAUAGGAAUAUCCAAAUUAUUUCUGUCUUAAGAUUUGUUUUUCUUCCUUUUUCUCUAAAGGAACUCUUUCUUUUCUUGGUCAUGAGCAGUGAUUCAACUCUUCAGUUUAUUUUGUAUUUAUUUAAGUCGAUUGGAUAUCCAUUGAUGUUGGAUUUAAGUAUGUACAUCGGUAGCCCCUAGGGCUUUGGUCUAGCGGUAAGAACGCAACGCAUGAUGUGUGGGUUAGGCACGUUAGGGGUUCCAAAUUUGCUGCAAACAAAAGUCUGUAUGUAAGUGGAGAGGGGGGAGGGGUCCAUUAUCCAUCGUGAUUUGAACUGUGCGCCACUAGCCCUCCGGAUUUUCUAAAUUAUCCCCAAAAAAAGUAAGUUUGUAGACUGGAGCACCUAAGGGUGUGACCUAGUGGUCAAUAAAGUGGGUUGAGAACCAUGAGGUCUCAAGUUUAAAUCUCAACGGAGGCAAAAAACACUAGGUGAUUUUCUCCCGUCUGUCCAAGCCAUGGUGUACAGAGUUACCUUUGCUGGUGGGAGGUACCAAGUAUCCCGUGGAAUUAGUCAAGGUGUGCGCAAACUGGCCCGGACUACAGUUAAAAAAAAAAAAAGACGUAUGUAGACUGAAAUUGGUUUCUGUAAUCUAUGAUUUUUAGUUUCUUCUUCUCUAGAUCCUUUAAGCAUUUAUGUAGAGCUACACAGUAUGUGGUAUCUUGGAAGAACACGCAACAUGGGUGUGUUAGCCAUAAAUUCGAUUAAAGAUCAAAAGCAUUUACACGGAGCUUUAUGUUAUCCAGGGCAGUGGAUUGAAACACGUGUGCAAUAUGUCAAACCCAAGCGCAGAUGAAAGUGUGAAGGAACCAAACGUUAUUAAUGAUCCUCCUAAAGGUGAAGAAAACGAUGACCUUCUUGCAGAAGAUCCAAAGGGUUCAGAAGUAGAAGAAAGCCAAGUUCCAUCUCAAGAGGAGGAGGAGGAACUGAAGAAAAAGUAUGGUGGCUUGGUGAAAAAGAAACCUCCAUUGAUAUCUAAGGACCACGAACGUGCUUUCUUCGAUUCUGCGGACUGGGCAUUAGGAAAGCAAGGGGGACAGAAGCCCAAAACGCCUGCUGAGGCACUUCGCCCAAAAUUAGAGCCUACGCCACACCAGCAACUUCGUACUCGGCUCUCAGCUUCUUCUCUGACAGAUGCUGGUGAAGCAGAUGGUAGCAACAACGGCUCUGACCAGCUAGAUGACCAGAGCGGAACACCAGCAGGCGAUGGUGAGAAUAAUUCUUAGAAUCAGAAGCACCAAGGCCGAGUCAUUCGGAGCAGCCUCAUCAUAGAUUCCUGCUGAAUUAACUGAAGGUGGUGUUGUAAAUCUGGCUAGAUACUUAAUAGAGGUAAAAAAGAAGAAAAGAAAGAAUAAAUGCUCUCAUGGCAAAAUUUUGUACUGAAUUUUAGAGCUGUGGUCCUAUACUAAGCUGAUUUGCUUGCAUAAAAUUCAGAAAACUACGUGCAAGUUCUUUUCACAAGAACGAUCAUUUCUCAUCUGCCUGUGCUAUUCUCAAAAUGGUGAUGUAUUUUACUUUAUGGUGGCAAAAUUCUAGAUCAGCAUUGUAUUGAACGUUGAGAACAUACACUUUUUUGCAGUAUUAAUGUUUAUCACUUUUCGGAACA